CACUGCUGGGCACAGGUGGGCGGAACUUCUGGCACUGAUAUGCAACAAUGAUGGGCACUGAUAGGCGGCACUGAUGGGUGGCACUGACUGGCGGCACUGCUGGGCACUGGCUGGUGGCACUGCUGGGCGGCGAUGGGUGGCAUUGGGCAUUGAUGGGUGGCACUGCUGGGCAUUGAUGGGUGGCACUGCUGGGCACAGGUGGGUGGCACUACUGGGCACUGAUGGGCACAGGUGGGUGGCACUGAUGGGCACUUGUGGGCGGCACUACUGGGCACAGAGGGGCGGCACUGCUGGGCACUGAUCAUCAGUGCCCUGAUGAUCGGUGCCGAUCCCUCCUCUGACAAUUGCCGGUUAUUGGCAGUACUUUCCUCACGCUGUGACAGUGUGAGGAAAAUGCAGCUAAUAACUGGCAACUGCAU